GUUAGGUGGACGAACACGCCACGGUAGAGUAACAUACUCUAUGGCGACACUUUCAUUUUCUCGCUCGUCUGAAAAGUUUUGUUCGCCGUCUUUGAAGCGCCAGUGUGAUUUUGAGGCUGCGGAGGUACGUUCACUUUUCUGAGCAUACCCGCGAAGGUGUAAUCUGAGGCGUCUGACGAGUGGAGUCGCGGUAUCAAAAGUACCUACGUGGAACGUCGAAGGCACACAAUCGACAGCACACGCACGACGAAAUGUGUGUAUGUCGUCAAGCAGCCAACAUUCGCAGCAUCCCAUGAGCAGGACCAUUCACUCAUGUCCAAAGAAGGUGGACUGUACUCCUGCCGACAGUGCACCUAUGUUACCAAGAGCAGUGGAGUCAUGCGAAGACACCUUCGCAAACACACCGGCGAACGGCCCUUCCGGUGCCACUUGUGUCCAGCUGCAUUCCCUGAACGCAGGCAUCUUGAUAACCACAUUCGUACACACACAGGAGAGCGUCCCUUUUCCUGUGACCAAUGCAGUGCAUCUUUCUCAACGAAAACUGGCCUCGUGAACCAUAUGCGCACCCACACAGGAGAGCGUCCUUAUUCCUGUGAGCACUGCAGUGCGUCUUUUUCAUGUAGCUCGAACCUCAAGUGUCAUGUGCGCACCCACACAGGCGAGCGCCCUUUCUCCUGUCACCACUGCAAUGCAUGUUUUUCAAGGAUAUCGAGCCUCAAGUACCACGUGCACACCCACACAGGAGAGCGCCCUUAUUCCUGUGACCACUGCAGUGCGUCUUUUUCAUGUAGAGCGACCCUCAAGGAGCACGUGCGCACUCACACUGGAGAGCGCCCUUUUUCAUGUAACUACUGCAAUGCAUCAUUUUCGAGGAAAUCCCGCCUGAUAAGCCACCUGUCUCGUCAUGAAAACAAGAAACCAUAAAAAUUUUCCUGUCCUUGGCAUUGCUGGAGCAGUACCGUUCACUGAAGACUGCAUUCCGACCAGCAGAGCGCCUGUGUGAGCAAGUACAACACACAAGAAUUCGUGUUCCCCUGGGCAAGCGUCCCUUUGAGCGCCACAUCUGUCCUGCUGCAUUCACUCAGAAGUGUGGCCUUUCUUAUAAAGCACGUUUUUCUCGGCA